CUCAGCGUGGUCGGCUCGUCGCGACGAUUGUCGGCCGUCGGCGUCGAUAGUGCACCUGAUCAGAGGCUUCACACCUCUCGGUCGAGCAUGUUUGGGAGGCUAGCGCACCUCUUCUUCGAUGCGCUGCUCGUCUCUGCCUGUCUAGCAGGCAUCAAGCGAUCUACAGGACUGUCGCCUGCCCUGAGCAAGAUGGGCAGCAAGGAUCUCAAGCAACUCAUGGCGACCUAUCUCGAAUUCGGCGAAUGGGCCCUCGAUCUAUCCAUCGUUGCAAUGGGAAGAUCAAAUGCCUUUGAGCGACGGAGAUGACACGAUCGUUGGGAGCAUCUGUGGGCUCAUCAUCUGUAUCGUUCCACUUAUCAGUUGCUUGUUCGGGCCGUCUCGUGCACCCCUCUGCUACACUCAGGAAUUGCAACUCAAUGUGACAACA